AUGCCGAAAGCAAAGAAGACGACGGCGACGAGCGCCAAGAGAGAGCCGCUAAGUCUCAACCAACUCACAAGGGAAAACGACUAUAAAGCGUUGAUUUCUGGCUUGAACAAAAAAAUAAGGCUUGAGAAAGAGUGGGGAUCCGAUGACUUUGACAACCUCACCAAUGUUUACAGAAGUCACGACAAGAAAAGUAACUACACAACGCAGCUUGUUGGCAUCCACGUCUUUCGGCAGCUGAUCGAAACCUGGAGCGCGAAACCUGAAAGCUGUAAACUCGACAAGUUCCUCUUGGAAGUGUUCAUUGAUCAGACCAUUAUGAGUUUUGUCAACUUCUUCAAGAAAAAAACGCUGACGGAAGAUAACAUUGAGAAAGGAAGAUAUGCAAUGCGCAUUUUUCUCUCGGCAUGGCAAUUAUCAGAUGGAAUCAUGGAUGAGAUCAUCACUACGUCUUACUUAUCGGCGGUGAAAAAGAUCUGCUGCGUUCAAAUCCCUGCUGCUCACCGAGAUUUUACGAUAUUCCAUCUGCUAACAGAAGCUUCACUCUGUAGCAAGAUGAUCAUCAAGCCGAUGGAGAGAAAAGAAAUCGUCAGCCGCCUGGAGAUGCUUUACAAGCAAGGAUCUUUCCCAACGCUCCGCAUUCCCAUCAAAGUCAUCAUUGCGCGGGUAUUUGACAUGAUGAAACUCGCUCCGAAAAACUUGGGCUUGACCAAACACACUCCCGUCCCAAACAAAUGCGUCGCUUAUACCAUUGAAGACAACAAAGAGGAUUUACUGCGAUGCAAAAACAUAGUGUUGUCCGCAAACCACGAAGAUGACGAUGAUGUUCGUCUUAAGCAAGCUCAUAUUUCGGUGGACAAGAGAGCUAUGACUUUGAUUCCCGAAAGGCACAGGGAUCUCAAUUGCGCUCAAGUCACGAUUGAGCCAGAUAUGAUUACCAAGAGCGAUGUAAGAAUUGUGAAUGAUAAAUUUGUCUUCACUCUGGAUCUGUCGAUCAAUAGUUUUUUUGACGAACCAUGGUCACUUCUCGGCAAAAAAAUCACCUUCGAUAUCGACAACUCUACUUCAAUGACGAUGUUCCAGAAGUAUGCGAAGACUUGGAAAUGGACUAUUCCACAAGUACCAGUAAAGACACCUUCAACCGACUUCGCUGCAAUCCAUCGAAGUAAAAUGAACUCGGAAACAAGAAAGCUUGGAAACCCAUCUCCUGAUACCUUGAGCACGAUUUCUUUGCACACUGACCCCGAUGAAUGGAAAAAGAAGGUUGAAUCUCACCGGGAAAAGAAGCAAGAAGCUCACUUGCGUCGUCAACAAGAACUUUCUACCCCCAAGCUCCCAAAUAAGACAAGGAAGCGAGGAGCGACGAACAAAGUAGAAAAUGAAAAAACUCAAAAAGUUGGUAAAGUAGAGGAGGCUAAAAAAUCGUCCAGCGAAACGAGCAUUAGCUCAGGAAAGAAAAAACCAGGGCGACCAAAGAAAACUGAAAAAGUUGAAGAGCUCGGAAAAACAUCUAGCGAAGCCAGUGUCGGCUCUGAAAAGAAAAAACGCGGACGACUAGGAAAGAAUGAAAAAAGAGAGACUCGGCAGGGUGCGGCCAAGAAGCCAAAAGAAGAAACCAAAAAGCCAAGACCACGAGGACGUCAGCAGAAGCUUAAAAACGAAGGGGUUCAUGAAGACCACACGUCAAAGGUGCAGAAACCAACAACAGCGCUUCCUUCCCGAAGAUUUGGAGCAGCCAAAUUCACAGACGACUUCUUGAAUAAAAGAAAUAUUAAAAAACAAAAUGAGCUCUUUGACAGUCUUGAUGACCCUCCAACUAUCAAGCUCAAUAAAAAACCGAGGUCAGAACUUAAUGUUGGAGGUUCGGACAUUUUUACUUAUCCUGAUUCGAUGGUGAGCCACCAGCCAAGUAAAGUCUCGAAAAAACCCAAGACUCGCAAGCUGGCCGAUAGAUCGCCAAGCCCAAUGUCGUCUUGUGGCGAAAGCGAAGAUUAUGCUCCAACUAAGAACAGAGCCAGAAAGCGACUACCUGAGCCGACAGAACAGUCUCGAGCUGCUGCGAAAUCGAGACCCAGAAAAUCCCAGCGUGCGGCGGUGUUGAAAAGAAUCCCAAUUAUCGACAAUUCUUCUUCAGAUGAUGACUUCUUGGGAGUCGUAAAAAAAGACAACACGCUCGACGUGACUCCAAUGUGGAACAAGUCAUUUAAAGAUGAGCCCAUUCUAGAGCAAACGAAGAAGACUGAGCUGAAGGAAAAGAAAAAGAAAGAAGCUGACGCUCGCCGAAGAAGCUUCCCAAAACCACUGCUUCUUCCACCAGUGAAUGUUCUUGUUCCUUCUUCUGAAUCUGGACCAGAGGCUCCUGUUGCAUCGAACCCUAGAAUUGGUUUACGUCAACAAGUUAAAAAAGAGCAAAUAGAAGAGACAGAAAACUCCCGGCUGACAAAGACGAAGCCGGUCGAACAGAAGAGAGAAGAUUUCAAACCACAGACAGUCAAAUCACCAGAACACCGUAAUGGCCGCGCUUCUCGGGAUCUCAGCAAAAAUCAUCGGCUUCCAGUGCAGAAAUCUCCGAUGAAGAAAAUCAAAAGAGACAUCAUCUAUUCGCCGAGGCCGAGAAAGUCACCAGAAAAAAUCAAGAACCCUAACAUGCUUCUGAAGCCGAUCAAGUUGAAGAAGAGGCGAAAGAGAGCAAACAAAACGCUCGCAAAAACUUUUCGGAGCUAUAUGAAGAACCAUCAUAGCCUCCCAGACAAUGUCAUCAAAUUUCGUAAAGCUAUCGAUGUGCAAACAUCUGAUUUUAUCAUAUCCGCUCUUAAAGAAAUGAGCAAUUUGAUUGAAGCAGUCAACCAAGUUCCUCCUCCACGUCCGCCAUCACCGAGCAGCGAAUCUGAGACUGAUUCUGACUCUGACUUAAAGCGGGAUACUGGGAUGGGAGAGAGUGUACCCUCAGACGAUCUUCUUCAAAUGAUGCAGAAUAUGAUGACCUUCCUCGACCGUAGAUAA